AUGUUUCUUUGCACAAGGCGACUUGCCACUUCGGCCAAGCCCAUUUUGCAAGAUAUUGUUGUUGUGGGCGGCGGUCCUGCAGGGCUUUCCAUAGUGGCGGCGCUCAAAAACUCGCCUCGCACCAAGCAUCUUACUUGCACUUUGGUGGAGGCUCUGAGUUUAGCGCCAGCCCGUUCUUUUGCAGAACAAGCGCCGCCAGAGCUCACAAACAGAGUGGUUUCGCUUACGCCACAUUCAGUGGACUUCAUGCGUACGCGCACAUGUGCAUGGCCGCUCGUACACGAGGACAGAGUUCGUUUCUACGACAACAUGGUGGCAUAUGAUUCGCAGGACAGCGAUGCUCGCAUUCACUUUGACGCCAGCAAUGUUUUUGACGCCAGCGGUGCGCCGGGCGAAAUUGCAGCCAUGGCAGAAGUGGCAAAUAUCCAGGCUUCGUUGCUUGCGCAGGUGGAGAAGACAGAUGCGACGGUGCUCGACAACAGCAAAGUGGUGGCCAUUGAGAACGAGGCAGAAAAGGUGCAAGCAACUGAUGAGGCUGCAAAAACAGAAGAGACCGCGAAAGCAGAGGCAGCUUCGGCUGAAGCUGCAGACUGGCCCGUGGUCACGCUUAGCGGAGGACAGCAGCUAAGAGCUCGCCUUUUGGUGGGUGCAGACGGCCAACGGUCGCCUGUGCGGCAGUACGCGGGCAUUGAGGCUCGUGGCUGGGCAUAUGACCGCUUCGGAGUGGUGGGUACGCUCCGGCUUCAGUACGAGGAUUUCCGGUCGAUUGCAUGGCAACGGUUUUUGACAACGGGACCUCUUGCGAUUUUGCCCAUGCCAGGAGACAGUGCCACGUUCGUGUGGCUGUCGACACCUGAGCUUGCCGAUGUGCUUCUCAAAACCGACGAUUCUCUUUUCCCCCAGCUCAUCAAUGCGGCAAUGGUUUUGGACGAGACAGACUUGCAGUACAUCUAUGGCAUGUUGCAGGCUAAUCCAGCCGACCCUAAUGUCGCAGAAGAGAUUGAGUGGCGCAUGAGUAAGUUUCUGCCUGACGAGCUUGACGACAAGUUUCCCGUUCCUGUCGCCGAAGUACUUGCUGGAAGCCGUGCACGGUUCCCCUUGAGGUUUCUGCAAGCAGACACAUACGCAGCACCCCGCGUGGCUUUGGUGGGAGACGCAGCGCAUACAGUUCAUCCGUUGGCAGGACAGGGACUCAACAUGGGCCAGACAGACGUGGAGGCAUUGGUGGCAGCCAUUGAGCAAGGCGUGGCCCGCGGGAUGGACAUUGGCCUGAUGCUCGUGCUUGAGCAGUACGUUGCACGGGCAUGGCCUUCCAACCACAUGUUGAUGGGUGUGUGCGAUAAGUUGCACAAGCUUUUCUCAACGGACUUUGGCCCAAUUGUGGCGCUCCGUGGCAUUGGGUUGAAGUCGCUCAAUCUGCUUGAUGGCGUCAAAGACUUGAUGAUCCGUGCCAUCAGUGGACGGGCAUAA